CGACUCACUGAUGAAGAAGCAGAGACGUCGUAGAUCUACCACUGAAAGAAGUUUGGCGUCUCCUGCACCUCCGUUUCUGCCUCCACAAAGAGAUGUGCGAUAUACAGAAUCACCACGAGGACACUCUCACUGUGGACCAGCUGGAACCAACAAAUGGAAUCCUCCUAGUCCUACAGCUACAGGAGAGCAAUACACUCUGAAAGUGACAAAUCUUUCACCAGAUGUAACUCAGGAGGAAAUGGAGCUUGUUUGUGGUAGCUAUUCAGAUUACCAAAGUCUUAAAGUUAACGAUGGGGGUUAUGCUUACGUCAAUUUUUUAUCGCAAAAAGGCGCCGAAAGAGCAAUGGAAUGUUUAAGAAAAGUGGAAUUUAAUGGGCAAUGCCCCACAGUCAAACUGCACAAAAAGCAACCCACAAUUCAAAGCCAGCCACAUUCUCAUUAUGGACAAACAAGUUCUAUCCCUCCUUAUCGGCCAUUCACAUCUCAUUCUCCUGCUCCCACCGUUUCUCUGCCACAAUUACAAGCACAGCAAGUAGAAACGACAACUCUUAAAGUAACACUUCAUGGUGGUCAUGACAUCACAGGUGAGGCCAUAGAGGAAUACUUUGGUCAGUUUGGUAAGGUAUGCGGAACUCCUGCCAUAAUACAAGGAAAACCUGACUACGCAUAUGUUAAUUUUAAGACAAGUCACGAAGCAAAGGCUGCCUGUAACCCAAGCAAAGUGCAGUUCGAUGGUAUAGUAAUGAUCAUCAAACUCAGUAACAAGGCACCAGCUUCAACAAGUUCAAAGCUGGUUACAUUUGAAGAUAACUCGCUCGUCAAUGUAAUUACUACGUGCAAGCUUCAUGAAUUGGAGGACCGACUGUCUAGUGCAGUGACUGCCAAAUCUUCAAAAGAUUCAAAAGGUGUGCGUAUUUCUGGUGACAAGGAUAAAGUAGACGAGGCCGAAAGUAUUGUGCGAUCAUACAUGAAGCAUCUUCAAGGUCAGAUUAUUUCAGAGUCAAUGUAUCUCCAUUGUCAAUUCAUACCAUUAUUAAAGGAUCCUCAAGUAUUUCAAACCAUAGAGCAACAACUGGGUGUAGAGUUUAAUGUAAUUCUGCCUAAUGGUUCUACUAAAUCUCUUGCUACCUUCUCCAACACUAUAUCCAGUUUGAUGUCUUCUGGUUCUUCUCCAUUUAAGAUUGAGAGUGUUUCUGAAUAUGUAUCUGACAUUGGUGCUGUCUCUUGGAAAUUUUUUGAUGAUCACGAGUUCACAUUUAUGAGUGCUGCCGAUUCUGCUGAAAUUGAAAAACGCUAUCAAAAGUAUCUUCGAUCGCAAACACCAAGUUCCUAUAUCAGAGGGGGGUGGAAGUACAGGUAUGAUUUUGAUAAGAUGGUUCAAGUAAACACCAUAACAAAUAAGCAACGCAUAAUCGAUUCAUUGUCGCUGUGUCUAUCCUGUCAUGGUUUAGAAAAAGAUGUUCGAGCUUCUACAGCCAGUUUGCAUGAGAAAUUAGAAGGAAUGAUUAUCAAGGAAACACUUGAAGGCUGCAGUGCCAAUAUUGCUAAGCCAAUCAUUAAAUUGGCAAGAUUAUUUUGCAUAAAAGUGGAUCCAUUAUUAGAUGAUAAGAUCCUUUUCUCUGGUGAUCGUGAUUAUAUAACAAAAGUAUCUCUUGCUUUGGAAAAGAAACGAUUGGAAGAAAAAGUGAAACAAGACAAACUUCCUAGACCUCUAGAAUGGGAGUCACAGACCAGUGAUAUUGAGCUAAAAAAUAUUACACCAAGUUCUUCCGAGUGGGUUAAGGUCAAGAGUGCUGUCAAGAAAACCAUGACGGAGGCAAAAAUUGUUCAAAUUGAGAGGAUACAAAACAAAUAUUUGUAUGAUAAAUAUGCCCUCUGCAAGAAAAGGAUGCACAAAAAGAAUAAUGGUCAAGUCAAUGAGAAAUGGUUAUUUCACGGAAGCAGAGGAGUUUCUCCGGAAAGAAUCUACAAAUCAGAGCACGGUUUUGAUUUUCGUUAUGGUGGUCAAGGCUUAUGGGGGAAAGGAGCGUACUUUGCAGUUAAUGCCAGCUACUCUGGGGGUUCCUAUGCUUUUAAUUCUCCCCAAGGUCGACAGAUAUUUUUAGCCUUUGUUUUAACUGGUGACAGUAAAGCAAUGGGAAGUGAUAAAUCGUUAGUCACUCCACCAAAGAAAGAGGAUGGCAGUGGAGAUUAUGACAGUGUAAAUGGUCUAUCUGGUUCUUCCCAAGUCUAUAUUGUAUAUGAUCAUGACAAAAGCUAUCCAGCUUAUCUUAUUACAUUUCAGUAGAUGUUUUGUAAUGAUACAUAUAAAUUAAC